AUGGCAGUAGUAAGAAUAUUCAUAAUUCUACACAGUUUUUUUAAUUACUCAUAUCAGUUAUUCAUUUUACCGUCAACAUCACCUAAUCUAACUUCGGUAACUAGUAAAUAUGCAGUAAAACUCGAUGUCAAACAAUCACUACUCAAGAACCUGAACUCAUUUUCGAAUGGAAAUGUGCAAAAAUUGGUAACACUAAGGGGAAAUGAUGGACAGCACCAAUAUUUAUCCAACAAUACUAUCAUAAUUCAGCAAAGAAAAGAAAACAUCCCAGAGGACCAGCAAAAUACAUCGAUGGUACAGUUUAAUAGUUUAAGAGAAUCAAUCAGUUCUGAAAACAAUAAUAAUUUCGAUUUGAAUCCGCCAAAAUCACAAAAAACUGGACAGAAUUCAAACAACUGGCAGAAAUUACGUGAAAGACGUCUGCGUUUUUAUAAGGUAAGCAAUACUAAAAACAGUGCUACUGCUAGCGACAGUAUAAGCAUCCCGGUCAGAGGUCAUCGUAGCAAGAAAAAUGAAGAAAGUUUUCUAGAUCCGGUAUUUUCUGAUUUUUUAUCACAAAUUCAACCUCUAUUCAUAACAAAAAUUAAAGUCUCAGAGACUUCAUCUUAUAAUGCUAAUCUUUACUAUAUCAAAUCUAUCAAUUUCAGCAUGCAAUCCUCUCCAGCUGUACGAUUUUCAGUUGAUUCGCGCCAACUUCUGUCCAAUCUUCCACCUGAAAGCAAUGAUCAUUUACCUCUACCUCCAAACCCACGCAGUACAGAAGCAUCAGUACAUACUGUAGAAGCAUAUGCGCCAAUAAUGCAGUACCACGAGAGGAAAAGUAAUCAGAAUAAUUUUUUGCCUCAUGUUAAUUAUAAUCACAAAUAUGCUAAUGAAUAUGGAAGAACAGAUGCUGCAGAACUAGUACCACAGCCAAGCUUAAAUAGUUACAGCGGAGAUGUAACAUAUAUGACCGAUACCGAUAAUGACUGUAUUGAUUCUCUCUGCGACAUCAGUCAAACAAAUCCAUUUAGUUCUAGUGAAGAUGAACGAUGCAACAGUCUGCAUCUGAAACAAAUUAUUUCACAGAAUAUCGUGCGACGUGAUGCGGAAGCAUCAAAACGGUCGAUUUACGCUGCUUGCGAAAUGGAAUUAGAAGUACCAUGUAAUGUCAUCUGCGGGACAGGAUUCUACAGUUAUGUUGUCAAAGCAACACAAUUUUGUUUAGCCUCCAUAAUGGAUGUUAACUGCUAUGUCUUCAUACCAUCUUGUGAUUUCCAUGCAAACUUAAUUCGCAAGCGACGAAUGAAGAAACUGUGA